UACUGUUUAAAUUAUCGAUUUGUGAGCUUGAAUCUUUGCAUUAAAUAAAAGAAUAAACAUCACAUAAUAAAAGUCUUUUUGCACCGGCAAUUGAGAAAUAAAUUUUGUUGACAAAUUAUUUAUAACAAAUGAAAUUCAACAAGAAAUGAGUGUGAAAAGUAGACAUCGCCGAGUAUAUUUUAUUUUCAGACUCGCCGUUUUUUUAUACAAACACAUACAUCGAGACAUUUCGAGGUUGUUAAAGUUCUAAAUACUCUUCAUACCGAUUUAGUUGAUGUUAAGAAUAAAAAAAAAUGAAUGGAUUCAGUACCGGUGAAGAAGAUUCUAGAGGAGCUGCUGAUCAAAUUUGUUGCCUUGUAGAUGAGGGUGAACGAUGCACUCGACCAGCUGGCAACGCUUCAUAUAGCAAACGUAUUCAAAAAACUGUAACUCAACGGCGAUUGAAACUUAAUCUUGAUCAAGUGGCACGUCAUAUAUACAUUUGUGAUUAUCAUAAGCAAGUGAUACAAUGUGCAAGAUCUAAACAACAGCAACAGCGCAGACGCAAGGAUUCAGAAGAAGACUCAGGUGAAACUGACAAUGACCUUCCUGAAGUUGAUCUUUUCCAAUUACAAGUAGGUACACUAAGGCGGUACAAAAGGCAUUAUAAGGUUUCUACACGUCCAGGUUUAAAUAAAGCUCAGUUAGCUGAUACCCUUAUGAAGCAUUUUAAGACCAUCCCAGUAGUUGAGAAAGAAGCAUUAAGCUUUUUCAUUUAUACCGUAAAGACCAAUGCUAAUAAAUUGGAUCAAAAGAAUGGUUUAAGUAAUGAUACUACAUAG